AAUGAAAUCGAUAUACACCGCUAUUAAAUACAGCGAACCUGAUAAAUACUACCUAUCAUAUAUAAGUUUUGGCGAUAGUGAGGUGCCGGCUCCGGUGCCCAGCGGGCUCGGCAACACAGACUUCCUUCCCGAAGAAAGGGUGGCGUCUACGUUUGCUAGGCUAACUGGUAUAACAGAAGACACUGCACUCGCGCUGCUUAGGGGCACUGCUAAGAUAGAAGACGUGCCUGAGCUGGAAUACUGUGUACCCCUUAAACAGUCACAGAAAACAGUAGUCAACGGCCUGUAUUACUACAGUUUGCCAAACGGUAUACACCUGGUUGGACUUGAUGAGCAGCAUGACGCAGUGAAGUUGAUAAACAGUGGAGGCAGCGUGGAUGCCGUGGAGUACCCGCCGGAGGUCACCGAUGUAAUAUGCUAUACCAAGGGUAGUAAGAAGCGCAGCAGGCGGCAGGUGAUACCCUCUGGCACUGCAUGUAUAUUGCACAUGCCGGACCCCGUGACCAUAACUUUACCUGAUGAUGUACGUCGUUUCGACGUUAUAGAGACUAACCAACGUCUUGUGAACGACCCUAGUCUGCUGGCAAAGCCCGAUGAAGGGUGGAUACUAAUGUUAAUGGACAAGACCAAGACUUGCAGGCAACCUAAGCAUAAGAGAAAUUAGAGGAAUGUGAUGUUUCUCUGGUACUUUUUGAAUAUCCAGU